AUGAGAAUGGGCCUGGCCGUAAUUGUACAAGUUCCUAGGAGCCUGCCAACGCUUCUCGCAAGCAUAAGAUUGAGCAGACCCUUGGUGAAGCUCAUGGUCAACCAGAUCAGCAGAUCAAGACAGCCCAUCAAACGCCCAGACUUCUUCACCUCCUUCGCGCCUUCCUUCUCCUCCACGCUCUUGCCGCCUGCCUUUUCGAAAAUCUUCUUGUCCACCACAGCUUUCGCGUUGGCCUUGUUCGCGUCUUCGAUCAUCUGUGCGAACUUCGACUUCUUCUCCAGCUCGGCCUUCGCAUUUGCUUUGUUGGCAGCCUCGAUAGUCUGCGCGAACUUCGAUUUGGCGCGCUGGUUGAGAGCCGUGGCGCCGGUGCGAAGGGUGGCCGUGGCCGACUUGGUGUUGAAGGUGAUGAACAUUUUGUUGUUCGAUGUUUGCAUGGACAUCGUCGCCGCCAUGUGGGAUCGCUUCCGCGAGGAGCACAAGAAGCUGGAUGCGCGCGAGAAUGCGGUGAAGACGAUGGAGACGAAGGUGGAAGAAGCUCGUCUGACCCUGUUGAAGGAGCAUCGCGAAAUAGGGGCAUGCAGCAGUCCCGACCUCAACGAAGAGCUGAAGCGACUGCGGGAGUCGCACUCCCAACUACAGUACCAGCUCUCCGGUGACCAGAGAGACCGCGAUGCUUUGCAGCUGGAGAACAGCGAUCUGAAGAAGCAGCUCUCUUGGAUGAAGGCGAAAGAGUCCGCUGCUCGCGGUCACAAUGGACGCCUGUCGACUGGCGACAGCAAAGAGCGCUCUGUGCUCGAUCUUCCGCACCCUUCCUCCUUCCGCCUCUCUCCGUCUCCCUCUCCCGAAAAGUCGCGCACUCCCACGUCUGGCUCAAGACUCCAGCUCACGAAGCGCUACCCAACCGAGGAAGAGCAGGAGUACUCCGAGAAGGCUCGUGGACGACAAGGGCGCAAAGCAUCACUCCGCCAGGUCUACGAUGUCCGCAGAGAUGUGAAGAAAGAUCUGAAUACCUACCGCCCUGUCAGCCGGCACUCGACUUCCCCUCUGCCGUCCUACACUACCGCUCGAGCCUCGACUCCCGGACCGCAUCUCAAUGUCGUCACCACAGUCAGCGGCAACAUCAACGGAUCUCCACCGAAGCGUCGCAGCCAGGUCUUUGAGCCGUCCAAUCAAGGCCCGAACCUGCCAUCGUCUUCCCUUUGGGACAGCAUCGAAGCAAGCAUCGAGCUUCCGACCCACACCAAGCAAGACGACAGCUAUCUGUCCCCUACCCGCAAAAGCAAGACUGCUAUUCGCGGUGCCCAGGCCGAAUGGGCCGGAAUGCGGGCCUCCGUUGAGGAUGACGAGGCUGGCGAGAUCAUGACUGCGACUGGCCAAGAUUUGAAGAAGGAUCAGGACGACGACACAGUCUCCGUGGCUGAGAGCGCGAGGUUCAUCUAG